ACAACUAACUAAUCUAAAAUGAAACAAAGAAAGUAAAUAUGAAAGCAGUAGAAGUAAAGGAAGGGGCGGGCAGGUUACAUCCAUGAUCCCAUCAAUAGUAGUAGUACAAGAACAAGGAAGAAAUUCCAUGAGUUAACUAAAUUAAGGAGGAGUAUCCAUUCCAUGAGUUAACUAAUACUAAUACUAUUGGCUCAGGCAUCAGCUGAUGAGGCCUGAGGUCAUGAGGAGAGGAGCUGAGGCCUCACCCUCCUCCUGAUGCCUUGCUCUCUUGCCUCCUGCUCUCGCUUCUUCUCUCCUCUAUUUUCUUGGCCUCGCCUCGCCGGCUGCUCAGUGCUCAAUCAAGAAGAAGAAGAAGAAGCUCUCUUUCGAUGAUCUCCCUGAGUUAGUUAACGCUUACUCUGCUCUCUAUAUAUCUGUUUGAUCCAGCCAGCCACCUCCAUCUUUGCUUGGUUGGUUGAGAUUUGAGAUGUUGAGGUCCAUGUUUGAGAUUGAAUUGAGGACAGGUUCCUGAACCGGCAGGGAGGCUGAGGAGUUAAUUAAUUUCCGUCUGUCUGUCGGUGCAGCCAGUUCCCAUACCACCUGCUGCAUCAACUCCGUACUCCAUAAACAUAUAUAUUUUGCUUCUUCUCUUCUCCCUGCUCCAUCGAUUCUUCUUGUAAGAGCUGCUUGCUACCUAGUUGGAUCAGUAGUAGAGGAGGCAGCUAGCUAAGCUAGCUACCAAUUAAUGGCGGGUGAUCAGCUGCUCCGGCGGCUCCUGUUCCUCCUGUGGGUGGUGGCGCUGGCGGUGCCGGGGCUGGCGGCCAGGCCGGCGAACGUCAGCAUCGGCGCGCUCUUCACCUUCGACUCCGUCAUCGGGAGGGCGGCCAAGGUCGCCAUCGAGCUGGCCGUCGCCGACGUGAACCGCGACGACGGCGUUCUCAACGGGACAUACCUGAGCGUGGUGGAGCAGGACACCAAGUGCAGCGGAUUCAUCGGCAUCAUCCAAGGUCUGCAGGUGAUGGAGAAGAAGGUGGUGGCGGUGGUGGGGCCACAGUCGUCGGGGAUCGGACACGUGGUGUCGCACGUCGCCGACGAGCUGCGCAUCCCGCUGGUGUCGUUCGCCGCCACCGAUCCGACGCUGGGCUCCUCCCAAUACCCUUACUUCCUCCGCGCCACCCACAGCGACUUCUUCCAGAUGGCCGCCGUCGCCGACAUCAUCUCCCACUACGCCUGGCGCGAGGCCACCCUCAUCUACGUCGACAACGACUACGGCCGCGCCGCCCUCGACGCCCUCGGCGACCACCUCCAGUCCAUGCGCUCCAAGGUCUCCUACCGUGCCCCGCUCCCCCCCGCCGCCGACCGCGCCGCCAUCACCGACCUCCUCCUCCGCGUCAGCAUGAUGGAGUCCCGCGUCAUCGUCGUCCACGCCAACCCGGACUCCGGCCUCGACAUCUUCGCCGCCGCGCAGUCGCUCGGCAUGAUGUCCAGCGGCUACGUCUGGAUCGCCACCGAGUGGCUCGCCGCGCUGCUCGACUCCGACUCGUCGCCUCCCAGGAAGACCACCGCCCUGGCCCUGCUCCAGGGUGUCGUCACGCUCCGCCAGUACACCCCGGACUCCGACGCCAAGAGGUCGCUCAUGUCCAGGUUCGCCGCGCGGCUGCAGGCCCACAACACCACUGGCGGCAUCAACGCGUACGUGCUCUUCGCCUACGACGCCGUGUGGAUGGCGGCGCGCGCCGUCGACCAGCUCCUCGUCGACGGCUCCAACGUCUCCUUCUCCGACGACGCCAGGCUGCGCGCCGAGAACGAGACCGGGAGCGCGCUCCGCCUGGGCGCACUCAAGGUGUUCGACCAGGGCGAGCAGCUGCUGAGCAAGAUGAAAACGCUCAACUUCACCGGCGUCACCGGGCAGGUGCGGUUCGGCGACGACAGGAACCUGGCCGACCCGGCGUACGAGGUGCUGAACGUGGGCGGCACCGGGGUCCGGCGGGUGGGGUACUGGUCGAACCGCACGCGGCUGUCGGUGACGGCGCCCGAGCAGGAGCAGAACGGCAAGAAGAAGAAGCAGCAGGGGGAGGAGCUUUACAGCGUGAUCUGGCCGGGGGAGACAGCGUCGACGCCGCGCGGGUGGGUGUUCCCGAACAACGGGAAGGCGCUGCGGAUCGGGGUGCCGUACCGGACGACGUACAAGCAGUUCGUGUCCAAGGACGCGGGGGGGCCGGACGGCGCGAGCGGGUACUGCAUCGACGUGUUCAAGGCGGCGGUGGCGCUGCUGGCGUACCCGGUGCCGGUGUCGUACGUGGUGGUGGGGGACGGGGUGAAGAACCCGAGCUACGGGGAGCUGGUGCAGCGGGUGGCGGAGGGGGAGCUGGACGCGGCGGUGGGGGACAUAUCGAUCGUGACCAACAGGACGCGGGUGGUGGACUUCACGCAGCCGUACGUGGAGUCCGGGCUGGUGAUCGUGACGGCGGUGAGGGAGAGGGCGUCCAGCGCGUGGGCGUUCCUCAAGCCCUUCACGAGGGAGAUGUGGGCGGUCACGGGGGGAUUCUUCCUCUUCGUCGGGGCGGUGGUCUGGGUGCUGGAGCACCGCUCCAACACCGACUUCAGGGGCUCGCCGCGGAAGCAGCUGGUCACCGUCUUCUGGUUCAGCUUCUCCACCAUGUUCUUCGCCCACCGGGAGAACACGGUGAGCACGCUGGGGAGGCUGGUGCUCAUCAUCUGGCUCUUCGUCGUGCUCAUCAUCAACUCCAGCUACACCGCCAGCCUCACCUCCAUCCUCACCGUGCAGCAGCUGUCCACGGGCAUCCAGGGCCUUGACGGCCUCAUCGCCAGCUCCGACCCCAUCGGCUUCCAGGUCGGCUCCUUCGCCAAGAGCUACCUCAUGCAGGAGCUGGGCGUGCCCGAGUCCCGCCUCCGGGAGCUCGCCAUCACCGACUACGCCUCCAGCCUGCAGACCGGCGUCGUGGCGGCCAUCGUCGACGAGCUGCCGUACGUCGAGCUCUUCCUCUCCACCAACUGCCAGUUCAGGACGGUGGGACAGGAGUUCACAAAGAGCGGAUGGGGAUUCGCUUUCCAGCGCGACUCCCCUCUGGCCGUGGACCUUUCGACGGCGAUCCUGACGCUGUCGGAGAACGGCGACCUGCAGAGGAUCCACGAUAAGUGGCUGAGCCCGGGGCAGUGCGCGUCGCAGGGCACCGACGUCGGCGCCGACCGCCUCAACCUCAGCAGCUUCUGGGGACUCUUCCUCAUCUGCGGCGUCGCCUGCUUCAUUGCCCUCCUCAUCUUCUUCUUCCGCACGCUGCGCCAGUACUUCAGAUACCACGGCCACGCCGACAUCGACGACGACGACGACAGCGAGAACAAGGCAACGCCGUUCCCGGUGGAUGGCGGCGAGAGGAUGAGCUCGCGGCGGCCGGCGCGGCUGGCCAGCAUCCGGGACCUGAUGACGUUCGUGGACAUGAAGGAGGCGGAGGUGAAGCGGAGGAAGAAGAUGAUGAACGAAGACAGCAGCAGCUGCGGGAGGCGGCUGGACAUGGACAGUCACAGUCACAGGUCCAUGCCCACCUCCGCCAACGCCAACGCCGCCCCGCCCUCUUCUUCCUUUUCCUCCGUCUAAUAACCAAUGCAUUCCAUUAACCUCACAUACUAACCCAAAUACUAGGAAUUCCUACUAACCAAUAUCAAGAUUGAUCAAAGAUCAUCAUCAUAUUCAUCCCUGUAAUGGGAAAUAGGCAACUAACUAAUACUAGUAUAUUUAAGCGUCCAGUAUUAUCCGAUGAUUAGCCGUGUAAGUUCACUUGUACUACACAAUCAUGGAUCUGAAACAGAAACUCUAUACCAAGGGAAGAAGGGAGAAUUGGUGUUUCCUUGAGACUUCCUUCCGGUGACAUGUCCCAAAGCUUUCAGAGCUCAAACCAUCAUAUAUAUGUGCCUUGCUC